AUGUCUACUAUGAGCAGAUCCCGGGCGAGCCUUUCUCCAGCAGCCUCAGAAAGGUCGACGCUGCCUAUGGGAGCGUCUGCCGAACCAGGCAGCCCAGACUUCAAGUCUUUGGAACAACCUACGAGGGAGCAGCUUCUAACCCACUUUUUUGAAAGAUUCAAGUUCUACACAUCACUCUGUCUAGGAACAUCAGCCAUACUCGCAGUCUUCGCUUUCCUCUUCUUGAUACCCUUCGUGGUGGAACCUGCUAUUCAGACAAUACUAGCGGAGUUCGUGCCAGAAGCGGGUAUCUGCUCUGUCUCUGAACAUGUGCACGCCGAGACCUUGACCAACUGCACCUGGGCGUCAUGCAGAGAAGGAUGCACGACUGCUCACACUAAAUGUCAUAAGAUACGUGUAAAUUUAGCUAGAAGACCGUUUGUAGAAAAUGCACCAGUGCCGACUGAAUGGGAUGAGACUGAUCUAAAGUUUCUGAUAAACCCUGAAGGUUGCGGUUAUCCUCCACGGGUUAAUUGUUCGGUGUUUGCGACUGAUUACGCGGGCCCGAGAGCUCCGAAGAUUUUCCCUUGUUACUAUAGUAUGACUAGGUCAGACCUGGUGGUGGCGAGGUACUCGUGGGAGUCGACGGUGCGAGGGUUGAUCCUGGCUCUGGUGCUGCCCACGACGGUGUUCGUGUUCAGCCUGAGCGUGCUCGCGUACUGGCACUGUCGCUGCUGCGACAGGGCGUGUAACAGACGAGUGCACGCCGAAUCCUUUGCGAGUAAAGAAGACAGCAAACUGUUGUGCGAGUUGGAUGACGAUCCUAGUGAUGAUGUGUUCUGACGCCGAGCUUCAGCUGCCCGCCGCCGCGCCCCCCAACGGAAACCUGAUGGUUACGCACAACUCUAAACUAACUGGGUGAAUACUUGAAUAAACUAGGCUUACGAGACAAAUGGCAUGAACGCUAGUUGAAUUGAGUUAAAAGUCAAUGUGGAGUUUGAAAUACUAGUCCUAUAAUUGCAAUAAGUAAAAAGGAAAUAAUGGAGUUUGUCUUCUCUAGUCGAAAGUGGCAAACUAAAAUUUGGUUAUUAACUCCAUAAUGACAAACUAACGUAAUAUAUAUCAAAAUAGCAUACAGGUCAAGUUUGACGAUUCAUUAAUCUCACUCACUACAUGUUCCUGGCAGUUAACAGCAUCGUAUUAGAGACUCAGUUACCAUUAAAAAGAAAAGAGUCAGUGUAUGAUGAUACCUUGAUGUGGUACUUUAAUGUAAUUUGUCGUGCAUUGGUGUUAACUGACUUUUUUAUAUCUUCGAUUUGAUAAGCGUUUGUGCUAUUAGUCUUGGGAAGCUAGAUACCGGUACUCUAAAGAUAUUCCCUAUACCUACCUAAAUAUCAAUAAAAAUCUAUCUAAUAUCCUCUUCACUAUCGGUUGAAAAAUGCCUCAAAUUGGAAGGUUGUGACAUUAAAAUUUAAAUAGCAGCACUGAAAUAUUAUACUUCUAUCAUAAUACCAUCAAAGCCUUGUUAUUUAUUUAACUAAUAAAUAUAAUAUCUACCUACUAUUAAAGAUAAAUCCCAAUUUAAUUUUUCGGAUAAUAGAUUUGUAAUUCAUAAAAUAAAAAUAAUGAAAUUUUAACUAUUCAACCGAUAGUUUUUCGAUUAUAAUAAUAUUAAAUAAUGUCAUAUCUCAUACAGCAUUUGCGAAAAAAAGAAGUGCAAUUACCUUAUAAAAGCCUGCAAAUCAUGGGGUGGUGUUAUUUCAGACCAGUAUUAAUAUAUUAUGAAUUUUAUGGCGGGCAUUAAGGCUUAUGCUUAAAAAAACAUUUAUGAAAAAAAUAAUAUUAAAUAUAAUAAAAGAACGUCUCUUUAUUCUUAAACUGAGCUAUGCCGGAUAGUGUUAAGUCUUUUAUUUUAUAUUUUUUGCUUCCGGAAACGCGUGAUCAAUUAUUAUGUUUAUUUUUUACUUAUAAAUUAAUAAUAAUAAACAUAGAUAGAAUAAAAUAAAAUAAAAAAAUAUCAUCCGAAUAUCAUGUUCAAAUUCGUGUACCUUAAUAAAAAUAAUGAACAAUUAAAUAAUAUUUUUGUCCGCAUAUUUUGGAAAUUAUCGAAUAAAAAAAAGAAAAUAGAAAAAUGGACAAUAUCAUGAAUUCAUUUUGGAAUAUUAAAAGUAGAAUACACUUUCACAACUUCACUCACACGCCUAUAGUUGCGAUUACAAAAUAAUAAUUAUUAAUGUAAAUAAAAUAAUAGUUAUUUUAAGCAGAUUUAUUACUGUAACUAUUAAUUAAAAUAUAACUUGCAUUUGUUUUAUUGUAAUGUUAUGAACAACACGAAGAACCAUUGUGUAAUAAAUUGUAUUUAUUUUGGCGUAAAUUAUACUAUUUUUGUUAGUAGUUAUAUUAUGAAAUAGUAGCUUUAUAAGUGUCAUAAUUAGUUUUAAUUCAGCUGUCCAGUGGUAGAAUUAAGUUUGUGUAAAACUAAUGAAGCACAUGGUUAUUGAAAAUUAGCUUUAUCAUAUUUUUUUAUUUCUCUUAUGUUAUUAAAUUAUAAUUUUUAUCCCUGUUUCCUUCUUUUUUUUUGAAAAAAAUAAUUAAUGUUCAUUUGUUUUCUAUCAUUUAAAAUUAUGUAUAAAAGCUAAUUUUUAAUAACGUUGUACGUAUAUAACUAUUAUUUUAAUUGUUAGCUUCUACUAGCCACGACUCUACUAUUAAGUUAAAUUAAAUUAAAAUAAUAUAAAAAAAAACUGUUGUACAUAAUCUGCCACAUUUUGUGAUAUUACAUUUAAAUUGAAAAUAUUGUUCAAAGCUUUAAAUUUAAAUCAAUCUCUAUUUGGGUGUAAUAAACGUACUUAUAUUAAAGUUUAUUUUAUUCAAAUUGUUAUAAAAAUAAUUAUAAAAUUAUAUUAUGUCAUUUCUGUGUUACAUUUUAAGUUAUAAUUAUUAUUUAUGUUACAUUAUAAUAUUCAAAAUGUAUUUGUAAAUUAUAAUCGGAAUGUUGUUCGCUGUGAAUUAUAUGAAUUAUAUGUAAAUAAUUAUAAUUAUAUAAAUGUUUUGUUUCAGUCUAAUGAUUAGAUUUUAGGUAAUAAUUAUACGCAAGUGAUGCAUCAAACGGCAACAAAACACAAAGUGUAAUGACAAAUAAAGCUUGUUUUGUAA